CAGGGAAAUUCAUUCUGAAGGCCGAAUUCAAUCAAUGUCAAGUAGUGGUAACUGGUGUUUAAUAGAAAGCGAUCCUGGAGUAUUCACUGAACUUAUUAGAGGUUUCGGUGUAGAAAGUUUGGAAUGCGAAGAAGUUUAUGAUCUGACAGAAACAAGCAACGUGUCUGACGCACUUGGGUUUAUUUUCCUAUUUAACUACGAUGACAAACAAGAUAAUGUUGGAAAAGUGGUAACUGACGCAAAUAACAGGGGCAUAUUUUUUGCGAAACAAACAAUUCCAAAUGCUUGUGCGACUCAAGCAAUUAUUAAUAUCUUGCUAAAUAUUGAUGACAAAGUGCCCAUUGGUCCAACGUUGUCUGAUUUCAAGUCUUUUGUGUCAGACUUUGACAGCACAAUGAAGGGUACUGCUAUAAGCAAUUCUGACCAAAUUAGAGUCGUACAUAACAGCUUUAGCAAUUAUCAGUUAUUCGAGUUUGAUGAGAAGACCCCUAAGUCAAAUGAAGACGUUUACCAUUUUGUUGGUUAUGUUCCUAUUAAUGGUACUUUGUACGAGUUAGAUGGCUUAAAACCCGGCCCUGUUGAUCACGGAAAACUACCUGAAAAUUCAUCUUGGAUAGAUUCGGCUCGUCCGUUGCUAAUGAAGCGUAUGGAGAAAUGUGUAGACGGAAAGUUCAAUAUAAUGGCAGUAGUCCCUAAUCGACUUGCUAUGUACGAAAAACAGUUGGCACAAUAUAAAAAGGACUCAAGUGAUCCAGAAUCUGUCUACAUAACAGAACUAAUGAACAAUAUCGCCAGUGAAAAGAAGAAAAUUGCAGCGUAUCGCGCAGAAAAUAUUCGUCGUCGACACAACUAUUUGCCACUUAUCGUGGAGCUUCUCAAGAUGCUGGGUGAAAACGGCCAACUGACUAGUCUGGUUGAAAAAGCUCAAAAGGUUGCUCAAGAACGAAGUGCUCUACACCCAUCAAAUGCUGCGAAAAAAGUGAAAUUUGUCUAAAAGAAUAUAUUCUGUAUGUACAUCUUUUUCAGAAAAUUUUUAUGUAGGUGCGAAACGAUUUUCGUUGUCAGAUGUAUAUAAAAUUUCCAUUUGUGCAGAGCUAUGAGAAGUGUGAGGGUCAUGAGGAAAAUCCCUAGCGCAACACUGAAUCCAUCAACCGUUGGGGAUGCACCGCGAUACCAGCGCAAGAACCUUUCAGAAUGUUCGCGACUACGCAUCCAGGCCGGGGCUUUGAGUUUUUCGUUUUCCAUCAUCAAAAAUUGUGAUGUUAUGUCCAUGCGUGUGAAGUAACAUUGUUCAGAGCCGUUAAAAUCUGUUUUUUUUGUACAAAAAGAAGAGAGUGGGAUUACUGAAAGGAACACCUGUAACUGUUUGAGCAAUCAGAAUGCAUAUCCAAAAUAUGCGCGACAGGCAUUCUUUGUACCAGUUAUGUUUAUGGAAAUUGAUGAGAUGAGCCAAGUGUAAACAUGAAUAUAUCUAGCG